CGAAAGCAUGCAGCUCCGGGCCUCCCUGAUCACGCUGCCAAUCGGCAAUCCUGACAAUAAAUUUUCGUCAUUUCUAGGAGUUUGGAGGUCGAGGGGUCAUGACCUCUUUGCUGCACAUGUACUGUAGAAUGUAGAUCUACUAUGCUAUGAAACACAUGGAGCUACAUCACGUACAUAAUUGUCAGGAUUCGACGUUUGUCCACAAAACCGGCCAGCAGGGGAAGUUCUUGCUUCCUUCGACCUCGCAGACGAAUGGGAGGAGAAACCUCAGAGAAGGAGGAUGAUACUCAAAGACUAAGUAGCUGUACUUGAUGAUCCGUUUCUGCGCUUUGCUUGACAAAGUACACUGUAUGUAGUGUGAACUGUACGAAUGAUGGCUGUUUUGAAAGUUUUGAGAAAAUAAGUACGGUGUUUGGUGAACUCAAUUGCCUGGACAGUUUGGCAAAAUCAUCAGUCAAAUGCUGCUUUGUUGUAGGAGUAGACCUGCCGGUACAUAAUGUCAUGUUCAAGCGUGACCGCUCUGUCCAACCAUGGCGGAAGCCGAGCUCUAGCCCGGCCCCGUUUGAUUUCCUGGAGGUGAGGUCUGUGGUCGAAGCUCGCAUCAGACACUACUGCAGCCAGUGCAGGCCAAGAUCACAGCUCCUGGUGCUCGUUGUAGUCCUUGCACUGGUCUGCGCGUUUCUGUCAAGCGUAAGUCCCUUGUUUCAACACACCCAUCGCCUGCACAGGAGAGUGAGUUCGCAAUCUACAUGGAGCGGCUUUAUCUUUCCAGGUUUCGACUGGCUGGUUCGCUGCUGGUCGUUUGCAGGUGUAUUUGCAGUGGAGCUGAAAAUAACAGGACUUCCCCUACCCAGCCAGCCUGGCUGUGGCAGUAAGAAUGACAUCACCGGCAACACGCUCAUCAUCGGUGACUGGGGUGGCCAGGGCACACCACCGUACAAAACCUCCAUCUCGGCGUCGGUUGGCAGCGCGGCGGGGCGAACAGCCAAGCAACUUGGCGUCGACAAAGUGCUUUCACCGGGAGAUCUCUUCUACCCAUACGGCGUGACCUCGGUGGACGACAAGCGGUUCCAGGGGACGUUCGAGGAGCAGUUCUCUCACCCGUCUCUACAAGUCCCAUGGUACGUUAUCCUCGGCAAUCACGACCACAGAGGUGAGGUUCAAGCUCUGCUGGACUAUCACGCAAGGUCGUCGCGCUGGAACUUCCCAUCUCGCUACUACACCAAGCAGUUUUCAAUCCAGGUCACCAACACUUCCACCCUCUCCUAUCAAAUCCUGUUCUUAGACACACAAACGUUGCUGUUCGGCUUCUUCCGAGAAGCUGCGACUGACGAAAAGCAAUGGAGCUGGAUAUCUUCUCGGCUCUCCAAGAGUACGGCCGACUGGAUCAUAGUGGUUGGCCAUCAUCCGAUUUACAGUGUUGGCAGCCAUGGAUCAAGUUCUCUCCUGGUUAGGCGAUUGCUGCCAUUAUUGGAGCGACACGGCGUGGCCAUGUAUUUCUCUGGUCACGACCAUAACCUGCAGCAUAUCCACUCUGUGACGCAAAAGGUGGAUAUGUUUGUUGUGGGCUCGGCAACAUUCAGCUCCAGCAGCACUGAACGGAAGAGCUCAGUACCCGAAGGAUUGCUGAAGUUUUGGCACGGUGGUAACUCCAUGGGAGGAUUUGCCUCGCUAUCCAUCAGCCUCUGCUCAAGUGUGGUUACAUUUUUUGAAGUGGAUUCCACAGAAAGUGACCCAACAGCGCGGGCAGUGUACGCGUAUCGGAUGGCCAAUCCGCGUGGCCAGCCAUCCUGCUGUGGAAUUCCAUCACCUGGUGCAGAAAAAAGUGAGAGCUUGAAGUGACUGCACAUAAUCAGCGUCUCCCCGUGUGACAUUUCCGGCAGUAGAUGAUGCCACUAGAAUGGCAUAACAUAUAGCAUGUACAUCUAACCACAUUGCGAUGGUAGUAGGUUAUUCUUAGCAGAUUAUGUAUCAGAUUUUUCUAUUUAGGAUUUAUUGAAUUUAAAAUUUGCAACGGUAGUAAUUCGAAGUAGUUCUACAUAAUUAUUUGUUUUAAUUACCGUAAAGUCUUGUAUAAAAGCCGCACUUGAAUAGAAGCCGCAAUUUUGGGCCCAUCAAAUCACACAUAAGCCUGCUUUUAGUGUUGAUAUACAUACCUGUCUCAUAUAGAAGCCUGCAAAAUUUCACCAAGAAAGUCAUAGAAGCCGCCGCGGCUUUUAUACAAGACUUUACGGUAUUUGUUUUUAUACUGGCACAAGUGUCAUCAUGUCAAGCUUACGGCCACUGUUAUAGGUCCUCCCUCGUUAGUAGAUAAUUUCUGAACCAUCAAAUAAAUUAAUUACCCGCUGAUACCCACUCAAUUAGAAGCCUCUCUCGAAUAUAAGCCCCUCUUGAAUAAUGCACCCACCUCCCCCUGCAACAACCAUUUUGAAUUAAUACAAGCCCCUCUUGAAUAGAAGCGCAGACUUUUCAGUUUUCACGAAGCAAUGGGUGACAGCUUUGAUUCAAAAAAUUGCGCACGAAUAUCAUCUGUGGCAGAUAGAUUACCUUGUGUCUUUCUAACAAACUAUAUUGUAAUCGGUGAACAAUUUCGCCACGUUUUGCCAGGGAAUCUCAGAUUUCUAUUUACUAACGGGGUUUCAGUCCCAGCAUCUAGGUACAUCCAUAUAUUCAUGUAGUUUUGUUGAAAAAUACUAGAUGCGCUUCCAAGUUAGUAGGCUGCAUGCUAGCGUUAUUAUGCUCAGAUUUUUUUCAGUUUCGGUUGACUGGAGGAAACGUGCUCAGAAUGCUGUAGUGAUGCUUGCACAUGAGUCAUUGACAUAGUCAAUGUGGUAGCAUGACUCAGUUGCCGCAUUCACGGUCUUUCCGGCUGGCUGCUUGCAUUGUUACUUUCCUUACCAUGGUAUGGCGCUGGCUCCUGCUGACCUCUGCUUGCUGUUGCCUGCUCGAUCCUUCUCUUCGCAGCUGCUCGCUGGA